UUUUAUUCCUUUAUUUUCCAUUAUCAUCACAUAUUUCUAUUAAUUCUGCUAUUGAUACUUUUACUACCACAUAAUAAUAAUACGAUAGUAAGGAAUAAUAAAGUACAAAAGUUAAUAGAAGAAUUGAAUAGUGAAAGAGAAAUAACGGAAGAUUAUCUUAGUAUGAGUGAAAGUGGGAACAAAUUAUCAUUAAGGCAGUUAUAUGUUAGAAUACAAGUAUAUAAAGGAAAAGUAAGAGAAGAUUAUUAUGAUAUAGGAGAAGAAUUCAAAGAAAGGUUAAAAGAAGGAUUACGUAAAUAUCCAAGAAGGAGUUAUAAGGUUGAAAAGGAUGUGAGAGAGAAAUUAUAUGAUGAGAUGUUAGGACAUAAGAGAAAAGGAAAAGAGAGAGAUAAUGUAAAAGAAAGUACAAGAAAUGCAGUAAAAAUUUAUGAGUUAUUCGGAGAAAUUGGGAAAGAUAAAAUGAUGAAAACAAUAUGGAAUUGUAGAACAAUAGAACGAUGUAAUAAACAGGAUAUGAUUGAAGUUGUAAAAUAUUUUAAAGAUUUAAACAACAAGGAACAAGGUUGUUAG